AUGCCUCCAGAACUAGUGCGGGCGCCGUCGCAAGGAAGCAUCGUCUCGCAGACGACACAGCAGAUGAAUCCUCAUAGCCGCCCUGGGACGGCUGACCCUAUGCGCGCCCGGUCCGAAACCCUUUCUCGAGCGGCUCGUCGACCUCGCUCGAGAGGAUCGACUGCUAGUAUUCAUUCGAGCACAACACAACAAACACAGGACCAGCAUCUCGAUGGAUUCCCUCAAUUCAUGCCCUCCCAGGUUGGAGGGGGCCAGCACGUCUUUGGUGGCAACCCAGAAGAUAUGUUGAUGCGAUUUGGUCAUCAGCUGUCUCACCAAGCCAAUGGCGCGUCGCUGGAGCAAAGCGUUCGGGAUACACACACGAUGGCUUCCCGACCGGACGAUUUCCCUGCCCAUGCCAUGCAUGCACACACACUCUCACACCAUGGAUUGCCAACGGACAUGGCGCACAACGCAAUCUCUGCCGUAGCGGUCCCGCAGUAUCAAGCCAUAUAUGACAGUGGAAUUGAGAAUCACCUCCCAGACCACACCAUGGAUGACCAAGAAGCAUCGGAAGCCGGUGGAAAGAAGAAGAGGGGGUCCAGCUCAACCCUCGCGAAUGACAACGAGUUGCGGAAAUUGCUUCGCCAAUACGAGGGCUUCAGUUUGAAGCAGAUGGCUGCCGAGGUUAUGAAGCACGAAGGUGCCGGAGGCAAGGCAGAGAAGGUGAAACAAGUGUUCGCCAUGAUCUGGUUACGGGAGAACUGCCGCAAGAGCAAUGGCUCGGUCCGACGGGAUCGCGUGUAUUGCUGCUAUGCCGAGAAGUGUGGAACGGAGCGAGUGUCGGUCUUGAACCCAGCAUCCUUUGGCAAACUCGUCCGCAUCAUCUUCCCCAAUGUUCAGACACGCCGCCUUGGUGUUCGGGGCGAGUCCAAAUAUCACUAUGUCGAUUUGUCGGUCAUUGAGGAAAAGCAACAAAGACCCGCCCCCCUCAACCCACAAGUUGCUCCGAAUCCCCACCAGAUCCCGACUGGCGUUCCCGAGAGACCUGCCAGUGGCAUGCGAUCAAGGAGGUAUGAUGAAAUGUCUUCUGUUUUGACUGCCAAUUCUGACGCCCGCUUCAGCAUUAGUAUCCCCCAGCCUACAGCAGACACUGCAGUCUUCCCAUCGCCCACAACCUCAUUCGCACCUCGAUUCCCGACCAAUCCUCCCGCAACUGGUUGCAACUGCCAGGCCCAACUACCCUCUGGCCCCGAUGCCGUCAUUACCACCGAAAAUGUUUCUCAGCAAGCCGGAAAGAUUAUACAUCAAAUGCUUCAGUUUCCAACCGAGGAAGUUCCGGGCAUUGACAACGAAACUCUCGUCCUCCCUGAUAUCCGCGGCUACCUUCCAGUCAACACAGACCCGAAGGUCGCCGAAGCUCUUGCUGCUCUCUACCGAUCACACUGCAUUUCGGUGAUUGAUAGUUUCCGAUUCUGCAAAGAACGCAACCUCCUCAAAUACUUCUCCGCCUUCCAUGGCACCUUGACCGUGCCAGUCCAAAAACUCCUCACACAUCCGAACCUCGCCCCUUGGAUUAAGGAAUGUGAUUGGUUGAUGUAUCAAAAGAUGAUCGCCUUUGUGGCCCCUCUUACCACCCAGGUGGUCCCUAAACUUGUCUUGGAUGCAUUCCGAUCGAUCUCGCAGCGUCUCUGUGGCCACAUCGCAGAGACCUUCAAGGCUCAACCAUCACACGUCUCUAUUGCACGACUGAUUCCUGCGCAUAUCUUUUGCAAUCUUCUCAAGCACAUGCUUGAUGUGAACCAGGCUGCCAACGCUGCUGCUGCUUGGCUAUGCCACCCCGAUAAUCGUAAUCAGAUGUGGUUUGAUUUCAAAUCUCUCGUUGACCCCCAGGAGAUGAUUCUCAAGGCCAACAUUCCUACUUGCGCCGAGAAGGCUACGGAGCAGAUUUUGAAACAUGACGUUCGUGCGCUUCUCACACCGCUCCAUGAGGCCGACGCUUCAACUGGUCUUGCUUUCUUCUCAACACCAGAUGGUCCCGAGGCCAUUGAGUCUCAUCAAUUCCCGGUGGAAACCUCUACUGGCGAUGAUUACAAUUUCCCCGAUAAAUGGAUUUCAUUCAUCCUGAACCUCCCUCUGGCGUUCUCCAACCACCGCACGCAGUGCAUAAUUGAAAAGGUGGACGCCCUUUGGGACUCUAUACUUCACCGUCUUACUCUGGGUGGAGCUGCCAGCUUCAGUGCCUGGUGGAUGACAAAGCUAUUCUUCCACGAGAUGAUGGUUUGGCAAGCAGAAAAAGGGGGGUUUAUGAGGAACACACCCGGCUCUUUGCAGAGCAUGGCCUUUAGCUCAGAGCAGGUCUCUGUUGGAAGUUUUCAGCUAAAGCAGCACGCUGUUCCCGAGCCCCCGACCUUUGAGAGCGCCCGUGCUGCUCAUUCCAAAGUGAACACGAGUGCCUCUCCUGACCUUCGUGGGACACGCGAUCAGACCGUUGACGAGGAACCCGAUACCAAGCACAUCCCGAAUGCCAAAGAGCUGGCUCUUGCAGACGUGGGGUUUCAAGCCCCAAAUAACGAUGACAGUGCCAUCGACUUGGAAGAAGACCCCAUGUUGAUGGCAGUGGGUAAAUAUGGAGAUAUGAUGGCUUCAGACCCUGCCGAUGCAGAGGGUGACGUGAUAGUCAUCUAG